CAAUACCUGUAUAAUCAUUAGGACGCAUUGUUGCAACUUACUUAUUCCAACCUUGGUGCGAAAUGAUGAUUCAUAACUACACUUUGUAUUAUACACUAAUGCCACAUGUCUGAUAAAUCUAUUCUGUAAAUAUACGCCAGCUUUGAACUUGUUUGCAACCAUAAUUAUGCCAGUAUAGUCCUCGUUUUAGACAUUAAAUAUAAUCUGGGUUACGAGCGAUUGAUCAAAGGAAGAUUCAUUCAUUACGCGGUGAAUUUUGCGGUCAAUUUUUUUCGAGCCGUCCCGGGCUCCUGGAUCGACCGUAAGACAGAUAUUCAAAGAAAUCCAAGCUAACCGGUUAGGCCAGAUCAUGGAACGAUUUACAAAUCUCCUGACCGUCACUGUGAUCGUCUUCGUACUCGUACCGGUGCAAGGCCACAGAUCAUUCCAGUACUGCAGGCCGAAGUGUCCUGAGUGUCCACAGGCGGGUCUUAUUCCCUUGGAGGACUGGCAGCUGAUAGAGAUCCAGAAUGCCCAGAAGAGGGUCGCCGCUCUCAAGACCAACCGCAGCAUGACUUAUAGCAACACCAUGCCCAUCGUUUCAGGCUUUACAACCAGUCAGAAGGAACAGAUGAGGGAAAUAUUCGGCCAAUACUUCUUCGGAGACCAAACAUCAGCUGACGAAGAUAUCAUGUUGUGGGACGAAACUAACCCGAGUAUUCGACGCCGAUUCAAGCGCGGCGCCGAUCACCUGACUCGGGUCUGUCCGGUUAUCCGAACUCCGAAUGUUCUUGUGACAGUCUAUGAUGCGAAUGGUUAUGUCAUACAAGUGGUUCAGGCCGACGGUCAUACACAACGGGUGUUCCGUGAGAUCUGUGUAAACCCCCUUUCAACAUGUUCAAUAUGUUCAAAGAUCGGUGCUUCCUGCACAUGUAUGUCGACUGUACGGUUUGCUUACAUUGUUGGAUUCCACGUCGACAUGGACAACCAACCAACGCAUAUCCAAGCUUAUCGUAUUCAGAUCGAGUCAUGUACCUCGGUCAUGUCAACGGAUGGACCAAAGGCUGCAUAAAAAUGUGGACCAGACGCAAAACGUGAAUAUAUUCCGACAGGCGGUGAAAAAUAGAGAAUUAACCUAUUUAUUUAUUAUUUUAUUUAUCAAGAUCUACAUUAUUUCACUAGGAUAAGGAUCACUUUCAUCCUGGUCUUGAUAUUGCGAAAAAAACACAAAGGAAGAAAGAAAGAUAGAAAGAAAGAAAGAAAGAGAGAGAG